AUGGAAAACUCGAGAAACAGGCCGAAUGAGAAUAUGGGUGUAAAUAAAAUGGGAAAGACAAUCAAAAAGAAUUCAUGGCAGCAAACAAUUGAGUUUGGCAACAGUGUCAUAUCUAGCGGCAGACAUCAUUACCCUCAGCCAAAAAUUCAUCACAUUCACAGAGAUGAUUUCAAGAGUUUUGUUAUGCACGCUACUGGAAGAGAAUUAAACGUGCCUACUAGAACUCAAUCUGAGAUUACUAGGUUGCAGCAAAACAGGCCUCCUCCAUUGGCCAAUGUGAGGAGGUCUUUUGCUCGGUUUCCGAUGCAAGCCCCUCCUCCACGGGCGCCUUACAUUAAUGGACUGGCUGUACCUCCUUUGCAGCCGAUUAGUGGUCCUCCGAUCUUCGAUGAUUCAUGGAACAAUUUCGUCGAGUCUCCGAUCUCAGCUUUCAUGAGAAAGUUUCAAGAAUCGGAGAACUACUACGGUGGUGGUGGUGGCGGCGGCGGUGGUGCUUCAAGAGGUAAUCAGUUCCAGUCAUACCCUCCUCCACAACAACAGAUGAUCAAUAAUGUUAAUGUUAAUGUUCAAUCUCAGCCACAAUAUUUUCCGAUUCAAACUCAAAUGGUUAACUAUGUUGAACAACUAUCAUCUGCUAGCAACCAAACUUUCCCAAAUCCUAAUCCUUCCGUGUCUUUGAAAAUUGCUAGCAACCAAACUUUUCCUCUGAACCCUAGCAAUCAAUUUCUGAAUGGUUUUCCUGAAUCACAAGCAAAUUAUUCUAUGUCACCAAAUUCUGAAUACUUGUUGGCUUCACCAACACAGAAAGGGAAUGUCCUAUCCCCUCAGUCACCUCACAGGCCUCUCCUGUCCCCAAGCAUUUUCUCUUUGCCUUCUUCGCCGGACUACCCUUUCCAACCAUAUCUUCAUAAUGAAUAG